AUGGAAAUCUAUUCGCAUGCGAGUGAUCACCUGAUUUAUCACGGUGAAUUCAAUGAGAAGCGAGAACGAGAAGGAUGGGGCAUCGCGUAUGACGAAGAAACGGGUGCCAUGCUGCUUGAGGGGAUAUGGAAGGGUAACAAGCUGGUGGAGAUCAUCCGCAAGAUCGAAGGAACUAUUAUGACGGAGUUCAAGCGAAACGGUAACAACACAACCGCUUCGAAUCGAAUUCCCCUCUAUGUGGGUGAAUUCGUGUAUGAUGAAUCGAAAGAAUCGUUUCUUCGAAAUGGUCGAGGAUACUGGAUCGAUGAAGGAACUCGGAUUGCUACUCGCGAAGUGGAAUGGAAAGAUGGAGUGGAAGUGAGUGGAAGAGAUCUCUAUGAUGGAUGGCAUAUUCAUUCACUCACUCACUCAAUAUUACUUGUUUAUUUUAUACUAUUGCUAUGUUAAUCACAUUGCAUUUCA